UCAUUGUGAUGAGGUCCAUUUUUUAUGUUGCAGUUUUGUGUAUUUUUUCUCGUUAUUAUAACUUAAUUUUAAAAACAAAAUUCUGACUUAAUCAUAAGUUUUGUAAACAAUAAUGCUAUCUCUUCUCCAGAAUAUAUACAUUUUUUACAAAAAUAUUCCUGUACAAACACGGCUUCUAUUAAAUAGGCCAUUAGAUUAAAGUUUCCUUAAAAUAACCGGUCAACAGCUCAUGGGUGAACAAAUAAUUGUCACGAAUUAAAUAGAAGUACGUUUUUAAAAAGCAACUGGCUUCUCAUGUGUGUUUUUCAUUCAAUUAAAAUAAAAGUUAAUUAUUUUUUCCGAUUGUGUUUAAAAUUAUGAUCACUUUGCAAACAGGUUAUACGCUCAAAAUAUUGAAUCAUCAGCCAAGAUAGAAGUGAAUUUAUAUUAAGAAAAUCAAUAUUUACCUAAGCUUAAGACUUAUUUUAAUUAUUUGCGAAAUCAUUUGCGAAUUUCCAUGAACUAUUAUUAUUUUAUAUUAUUCUGAAUGGUGCUUGCAAUAAAGAAGAUGGAUUCAAGAUGUAGUUUUGGACAUACGCCAUUGCUGAUCAGCAAAAGGCGUAAGUCCAAAAAUACAUCACGAAUUAUAUUAUUUUAUAGCUAACCAUUCAAGUAUCAUCAUGAAAAUAACUAUUAAAUAUUCAUAUAAAAAUAUUUAAUUUUUAAAUUUUAUGUGUAAACAUACACAACUGCUUGUUGAAAUACAUUCACAUUCAGCAUGUAUUUUACCCAGGAAAUUAAUUUUUUUUCUCUCAAAAAAUCUUCAAAUUAUUACAAAGUAUCUCAGAUGAAACGUUGCACAGAGUCAAGGAGGAGCUUAGGGCGUCAAUUAACUCGUCGCCUCUACUGGCAAGGUAGUGAGCGAGUGUGCAGUCUUGUUGUGCAGAUGUGUGACUUCAGGUGUUGUCGCUAUACUUUGACUUUUAUACAUUUUCAAAUUUUUGUUGAGACUAUCUGAAAAUGUUUAUUCAAUAGUAAAAUGAAACUUAGUUAAAAUACCUGACGUUAGGCAUAUAUAUGUAUUAAUACUUAAUUUAAAAAAAUAUUAUUUUUUAAAACAACGGAAAUGUCAACAUUGGUAUGUCCUUUCAGAUUUUGCUCAAAAUUCCCAGUAAACUCACAAUAAUGUUCCCUGAAUGUCAGUCACAAGAAAGAAAGACGCCAAAGAGUUUUUUUUUUCAGGGAACUAAGUGAAUCUUUGCACACAUUAUAUCAACACCUAUCUAACCUUUUUUGAAUGUUUCGCUUUGUAAUGGAACAUCAACAUAGUAUUUAGGAGUCAAGAAUGUUGACGUGCAUAAAAUAAAAAAAAGAAAGAAGUUCCUAGGCUUAUGGACAUUGCCUACCGUCACGUCUCAGCAACACUGCAAUGGUUUUCCUUGACGGUUGAACGCUGCAUUGUUCAAAGCAUCCGAAGGUAAACGCAUGCAAAUAGCGAGUCUACGUUGUCGCGCUAACCAAAGACUUGAGAGAACGUGUUGAGCAAACAAAAAAAGGCUCUUUUCGCACUUGAGAGCCGAUAAAACGUGAAUGCACAACUGCAUGAGAACGCAUCGUAAAAUAAUACUUUUUUAUUUUCUUUCUUCCCACUCAUCCGACCGUGAGUUCUCUGGAUUGUUUGUGUUUUAAAAGUCCGUGGUCAACCGUGCAAGGCGAAGAAAUGAUUUUUUUUUCUUCUUUUUUUCCAACCGGUGUGGGGUGCUUUACGAAAUAACCAGCUGACCUCAUUCGCGCGGGCCGGCAAAACCAGACUGGACUAGCAGAAAGAGGGAGAUGGGACUUCUCCCCUCUCGUCAUUUUCCAAGAUAAACUCAGAUAACAUGUUUUUUUUUUAAUUUAUUAAUUUAUUGGUCGCCAGCUGAAGAACAGGAGAAUAUGUCUGCGUCCAUUCUUGAUGAGUGCAGGUGCAUUUUGCGUCGCAAUCGUGUGCUAAUGGAGUGCAGACACGGCUCUCGCAAAGCAAAGAAAGAGUGAGUUAAUAAUAAAAAAAGAAAGGCUCCGACCUUUCGCCACGUCCACGGAGCGGCCGGCCUGAAGGCGGUGGUUGUGACACUCGCUCUCCGGGCAGCUAGCGGGACGGAUCCAGCGACGCCAGACGCCAGGACGCCUGCCGAGUCGCCGGUAGCAGCUGGACUGCGAGUUGGACUGCGAGUUCGCCUUUCCUCAUCCAGGACGCGUGGCCAGUGACGAGGGUGCGUGCAGCCUGGUGCCCGAGAUGGCGGUCAGCUUCGUCCUGCUUCUCGCCGCCACUUGCGUACGAUCCGCGCUCUCGGCGCAACUGCCGAGCUACAUCACACCUUGCUCGAGAAGCGAUCCGAAGCUGAACGAGUGCGCCCUGAAGAAUGGCAACGCCGCUAUUCCGUUUCUCACCAAAGGCGACAGGGCCAAGGGCAUCCCGCCCUUGCAGCCGCUGCACCUGGAGAAGGUGGAGGUGAAGCAGGGGGCUGGCGCCGUCGCGAUGGACAUGACCUUGACCGACGUGGACGUCCACCACCUGGGCGACAUGCGGAUACAGUCCAUCAGCUUCGACUUGGAAAACAAGGCGGUGAAUGUCAGCCUCAAGGCCCCGGUGGUCCAGGUGAUUGGCAACUACUCCAUAGACGGCCGAGUCCUGCUUCUGCCCAUCAAAGGCAAUGGGGGCAUCAAUAUUACUGUCGAGGAUAUGGUGUGCAGAUACUCCACCACAUUCUACACCAGCAAGGGAGGUGACGGCAACGAGUACAUCCACUUCAACAACGGCAUCCUGGACACGGACACCGGACACUCGCACUAUUACCUCGGCAACCUCUUCAACGGGGACAGGACACUAGGCGACAACCUGAACCAGUUCCUGAAAGAGAACUGGCGCGAAGUUAACCAAGAAAUAGGUCCAGUGGUGGAUGAAGUCAUCAAUGGACUCAUACAUCAGUUGAUGGACCUCAUAGUGAAAGACGUGCCCUACGACUCCGUAUUUCCCAAGUGAGGUUAGGAUGACGCCAUCGAAUUAAAAAAAAAGAAAAUUUAACUCUAUGAAUAUUAUUCAUAACAUUUAAUGGGGCCGUCUGGCUGUGAGCACGAGCUCCAAAAGAGAGGGGCCAUUAAGGUCGACACUGGUUCGUUCAUCACAAUCCACUUCGCCUCUAAAUGCCAGGAAUUGAAAUUAUGCCCAGUCUUCAAGUCGGUAACGUGCCUCUAUGAGAGUUUAAGCGUUUAUGCCAUAUUUUAAUACUGGAAGGUUAAAAGCAAAGCCACCCUGCACUUUUCAUACAAUUGAAAAUACUGUGUGUAGAAUGUUUCGUACCUAAAAACGUCUGAGAAAUUAUCCAUUUAGCCAUUUUCACUGUCCAGAAAGUACACAUUGUAGACGAACCCGUAGAUCAAUAUUUGUAUUGGCAAAUACAGUGGCUUAAAAUGUAUUCGUAAAAAGACACUUUUAAUAAAUAUCAAGCGGUUUUUCAAUGGCAAUUUAACAUUUCGACCUCUGUAAGCCUUUCGGCCUAAAACAAAAAAGGUAAAAUAUUAUUUUUGAAAUGGUUUUGUUUAGCAGAAUUAUUGCAAAACAAUUACCCUUAUUUGUCGGUUUUCACUUGAUUAAAGUAACAUCAGUUAGUGAAUGUUAAGUUGGUUCUUAGUGAAUUUAACGUUACCAAACUUAUGAUUAUCACAGAACAUAUGUUAAGGUUGCACAUUUGAUUUAAAAAUAAUAAAUUUGUAGUAUUUCUCAGUUUAAGAUACAACAUUUUUGGAGAACAACACCAAUGUAACGUCUCGCAAAUGUAUAAUUGUUAUAACAUACUAACAAAGUUGAAUAAAUCAUUAUACAGAUGUUGAAGAUGGUUCGUCGAACGGACUCUAUUAAAAACCUGUCCUACAUCCUCGCAAAAAUAUAUCUAACAUCAAAAACACAGUUUUAUCACAGAUAUAAAAUUAAAAAUAUUCAGAUUUAAUAUCACAUCAGUAAAAAAAAACCAAAAUAAGAGUAAGGAAAAAUACAGAAAUAUACCUAAAAAUGGUCCCUUCACAUUUCCUUCUAUACUUUAUCACAGGAAAAUGACUCUUCGUAUGGUUUAUCAGUAGUCGGACAACAUUACGGCGAUAAGAUUGACAUUAUAAACCAUUUUCCAUAUCGGUUUGGUCCAGGUGGAAUCUUUCAGCUUGGCAUUCUAAAACAGCACGAAUUUUAUCCGUAAAAAAAUCAAAAUUAUCUUUUUAAGAAAUUAAGUUUAAAUGACAUGAAAAAUUCCUUGGUAUAUCAGUAGUCCACGCAAAAUUUCGCGACGGUUCUCUGCCUUACGGUUGACAGUAAACUUCUUUCACACACACACGUGUGAAAGAAACCAUUUUUUUUCAACACCAAUAAACAAAUUAAAGAAAUAUUAAUAAUUAAUUGUUUCAUUAUCGUGUGGCCCUUCUUUAUUUUUGAUUGACCGAUUCUUUGAAAAGUCUCUCAGAAUUUAAAAAAAAAUCCAGGUAAUGUUUCGUUCCCAGAUUUUACAUAGUUUAUCAGGAAAUGAAAUUUAAUGUGCAGCAGAGCUGUAAACACAUAUUUUAGUUCAACAGGGGGAGUGUACACCAUAUAUAUCCGUCCAGGAAAUAGUUCAUUCAGAGCAGGCCAUUUUCCCCUUUACUCAAUUUAUUCUGUCUUGACUGUCCCACUUACAUAGAAAGCAGCAGUGCUUUGUGUAUCCGAGCUGCAUGCCGAAGAUAAUUAAAAUUGUUUUGAGAUACUCAAAUGCACGCCAAUUUUAUUUAUCAUAUUGAAUAAGUGUGAGUAGCAGUUUAAAGUUCUUAUAUGACUCAUUCAAGUUAACUGCAUACGUGAGUGGAACAUAAAUUUUUUUUUAUAUUGUAAAUACACCCUGCUUUCAGACUGACUUUGCUAGAUUCUAUUAAAAAGAGCCAUAUUCCACUGAAAUCAUUUCCAAGUACCUUCAUACAGAUUCGAAAUUUAAAUAUCAAUUUUUGGAGAAGUAUUAAAAAACAUCAUGGUGGUCACAAAAAAACUUUCAAUAUCGUAUUGUGAUAAGGAAGGUUCUAACCUUCAAAUGUUGAAGCUAAAAUCUCAACAUAGUUGCUUCAACAAGCGGGUCUCCUUGAGACAAAAAGUGUGGCUAAUUUGAUUAACAGGGGGCUUGAAAUUUUGCGUCGGCAUGCAUAUAAUAUCCUCUAUAUUCUGCGUGUUUGUCUCUGUAUAGAUCCGCGCUCGCUGACGGUUACUCAGGUGACACUGGUACCAGGCAUUCUUCACUGUGACUCACAGACCUCAGAGCAGAUAAUAAUAUGGUUAUGCACAGUGUGGCGUAACGACCGCAUGGAUAAUCUGGCCUGCAUUGUUUACAAACAGAACUGUUUACAUUUAAAAUCAAAUUUGGAUUAUUUGAAUAUAAACAGUAUUUCGGUCAAAUGAAAACAUUUCUCUACAGUAUGUACGCUCUAUAGCGUAUAGAUACUGUUUUGAAAUCAUAAUAGUUGGGUCGCCGCUAAGGAAAAUUAUCCCAGCAAUGAACAUUGAGUUACAUAAUUAACAAAUUUAAGGAACUUCAUUCAUUGGUAAUCUGAAAGUUUUAGGUAACGUGUGUUUGUAGUUUUGCUGCCUCUGUAGUCAGUGGUCCAGAGCAGUAGAACCAAUCGGAGACGAGCUACGAAGAAACUAUUUUAUUCAAAUGAACAAUGUGAAGAGAGAGUGGAAAGAUUUUUAAGUAUGGCUUAAUACAGUUAUCAAGCACUGUGACAUUAUUGUUGCGUUUUAGCUAAUAAAACUAGCAUUCAUCUGAGUUAAGAUGCUUUGGAAGUGCCGAAAUUUGUGCUAGUUAGUUAUAUAAGUAGGGAAGUACUGUUAAGUAUUGAUAAAAGACACAAGUCUACAGGUAUAUAAACGCAUUCAGUCCAAAGUCUUUGCCAAUAAAUACUAUUGAUAUUGACCGUUAGGUGACGCCUAGUGACUUAUUCAAGCACUAGAGAACUGACACUAGGUCUAUAUUAAAACAAACUUAUAUUAUUUUAUUAAUAAAAACAAUAUACUAUUUCUACGUUAACCUUUCGAAAUUGACUGUAAACUGAAAGAUAAUCGUCUUUCCAAGGGGUCCUUAGAAAAUAAUUUUGUUUUUCUAACAACAGAUUUCAUGAAAGCUGGAACUCAUUAAUUAAAGUGUAUGGGAGAAACAGUAAAAGUGUUGUUCAUUCUAAUCUGAAUAGAAAUAAUUUUGCUCAAUAAGAUUUUUGUUUGGUUUUGUGCCCUCGUAUCAGCCAGACAACUAAAAAGUGUAGGCUGACACAGCUAACUUAUACAUACAAUAUUCUGGCAAAACUGUAUAUGCUUAUUGAUAAUAUAAAUAAUUAAACUUAUCUGAGUUGGCUAGUAAGUUUUUUGAACUUGGGUAAUUUAAAAGUAUAUAUGUUGUUAAAUCAAUGAAUUAAUAUAAUAAUGAUUUUUUUAAGCUGUUUAACUUAUCGUUAUAAAAUAUUAAAACUAUUUUUAUAGUGUCUUUUUAUUUACUGUCCAUUAAAAUCCAGUUUUAUUUAAUAAACUAUAUUUUCAAAUUCUCAUUAAGUUGUUAUUUUUUUCUACAGAAUCACCCAAUAGUGUAUAUGUUUACCCAACCUGCCUAGUAGUAAAGAAUGUAUGGUUCAGAUUGAUUCUUAUAUAUUUAUAUAUUUAAACUACUAGUGACGGAUUGGGCACUUAAAGGUCUGUGUGGUUUUCUGGGUAUAGUGUAGGCAUAAAAGUUUUUUUUAAAUUUCGAUGUGAUUCCAUCAAUUUGGUCAGACAGAUAUAACAGUAUCUCGUGUGAACCAAAGGUUCCCACCAAAUCAAGUGAACAGCAAUGGACAUGUGACGUGGUAAUAUUGACCAGCAUGUGAGGAGUAUAAUACACGUCAAACCGUAUCUAUGGAGGAGGAGCCCUUGUUUCUGCUCUGUUCGACAAAACACAAACGUUCUCGAACCUAGAACAACCAGCAAUCACUUCCAAGUCACUUCGUAAUUUGUCGGAGUUCUCAUAGCUGAGAUGCAACGAGAAACAAAUUAAAAUCAUUUCUGCCUGUUCAAGCAUGAGUUAUUGGCAAUGUUGCCAAAUCUCCAUUUCCUGGAGGUGAAUUUCUGAACCAAUAUCUUGUGUUCCACUAGUGAGGCAAGGAAACCAAAAUUUAAAUAAAAAUUUAAAAUGAAGGCUAUG